AUGGAUGGAGGCAACCAUUCUAUGGUAUCUGAGUUUGUGUUCCUUGGACUCUCCAAUUCCUGGGAAAUCCAGCUCCUCCUUUUCCUCUUCUCUUCUGUGUUUUAUGCAGCAAGCCUGAUGGGAAACCUCCUCAUUGUGCUAACUGUGGUCUCAGAUGCUCGUUUGCAAUCUCCCAUGUACUUCCUGCUGGCCAACCUUUCCAUCAUUGACUUGAUAUUUUGCUCGACCACAGCUCCCAAAAUGAUUUAUGACCUUUUCAGAGAGCGUAAAACCAUCUCUUUUGAAGGCUGUGUAGUUCAGAUUUUCUUUAUACAUGCAAUUGGAGGCACAGAAAUGGUGCUGCUCAUCGCCAUGGCCUUUGAUCGAUAUGUGGCCAUAUGCAAGCCCCUCCACUACCUAACCAUCAUGAGUUCAUGGAGGUGCAUUUUAUUUUUAUUGACCUCCUGGUUUAUUGGUCUUAUUCAUUCCAUGACUCAAUUGAUUUUUGUUAUAGACUUGCCUUUCUGUGGUCCAAAUGAAUUGGAUAGCUUUUUUUGUGACCUUCCUCGAUUUAUCAAACUUGCUUGCUUAGAAACUUACAAAUUGGAAUUCAUGGUUACUGCCAAUAGUGGACUUAUCUCAGUAGCCUCUUUUUUAAUUCUGAUUAUCUCUUACAUCUUUAUUUUGGCAACAGUACAGAAAAAAUCAUCAGGUGGUAUUUAUAAGGCUCUAUCUACUUUGUCAGCUCACAUCACUGUUGUGGUUUUGUUCUUUGGGCCAUUAAUCUUUUUCUAUAUAUGGCCAUUUCCAACAUCACAGCUGGAUAAAUUCCUUGCCAUCUUUGAUGCAGUAAUCACUCCCUUCCUAAACCCAGUAAUCUAUACUUUCAGAAAUAAAGACAUGAAGGUGGCAAUAAGGAAAUUAUGCACUCAAUUUAUGAAUUACAGUAAAAUCUCUUAA